UUCCAUCCCCACAUGAGAAACAGUGCUUCACUGUACCGGAUGGACACCAGGUCCCUUUUUUCCUCCUCCUGGACCAAUAUUUUUCCUUCCCUCUUUUCUCCACCUCUAUCAUCCAGUUGGCUCUCUCUGCUUGUUCCAGAUCCCCUUCUUCCAAACACGCACUCAUCUCUUUCUCUCUGUUGCUAAUUUUUCCCCAUCGCCCCACUCUCAGUCAGCAUGGUGAACAGAUAACUGCUAAGCUGUUGAACAUGGGCUCCUGCCUCUGCAAAGGUCACCAAGAGCUGCAAAGUGGCCAGCAGCACCCUAUGGAAGAGCUUCACUCGUAUGCUGAGGGACAGCCCAUCUUUAAGGGUAACCAUCAGUCCAACAAUGGCAGCAUGUCAGAUAAAAGGAGCAGCAGUGGGUAUGACAUUGGAGAACUGGCUACAUCUUCCCUGCUGGGACUGCUGGCCACUAUUAAAGACCACAUCACUAAGCCCACUGCGAUGGCCCAGGGCCGAGUCGCCCACCUGAUUGAGUGGAAGAGUUGGGGAGGGGAAGCGACGUCUGGAGGGGGCUUGUGUGGCUGGACGAGAGAUGGUGGAGGAUGGGGAGGUCUGGGAGCCACACUGCAGGAGGACGAGCAGCUCUACUCCCACCUCACUGAUGAAAUCAAAGAAGCACGAUUUGCUGCGGGUGUGGCGGAGCAGUUUGCUCUGGCUGAGGCAGCGAUGAAUGCCUGGUCCACACACGAUCCUGAAAAUAUAGCCACAUCCUGUACAAUUCCAUUACAAGACCCCGAGGGCCCCUAUCUUUCUCAGUUCCUGUUGGAUGGAGGGAGUUUGGGUGUUCCUCGGCACCUGUACAGAAUGCACAUGGAAGCUGAUGACACCAGCUCCCUGGCGCCUUCUCAUCCUCCUCAGUCUCAUUCCCCCAGUCAUUCUCAUUCUCCGCUGGACACACAGCGUCCGCCGCAGGAGCAGAGGAUCUCGCCUUUGGAAGGGUCUGUACGACACGCAGACAGCAUCUCCCUGUUGGAGGAUGAGGUUUUUUGUAACUGAAAUGUUGAUGGCACAGUGGAACGAAAAGGGAAAAGGUUUUUCGUCUGUUCUUUGUGUUCACUGAUGUGGGAGAGAUGCGGAUGAGGAUACGUCUGGGGUUAUCGCUUUACUGUUAAAGUAUGUAAUAGCCACAGCUGAGCCUCUUUGACAAGCAAUGAACACAGGGAUCAUUGUACACACGGACAUGUUAUUUCCAUAUCACGUUGCCUUUUUGCAAAUUAAAGCAUCUCUGUUUGCGGUAAUGAUGAUGGAGAUUGGACUUUAUGUUAACAGGGUCAGACCAAUUACGUCUAAAGGUAGGUCAUCGCACAUGAAUGCACAUGAAUCUAAAAUUAUACAUUAACAGAGGGGUGAUCAAGACCAUCAUGCCCUUUCACCUUUAACUGAGUAUUUGCAGAUAUCUGCAGUAGCCUUUCACAAAGAAGUG